UCUUAUUUAUUUAUUUAAUUCUAUCAUUUUCAUAGUAGUAGUAUUAUUAUAUUUCCUAAGUAGUUAAUUUGGUAUGGUUUUGACUGGGGAGGGAGACAAGGAGGUCAUCACACAUGGCCCAUUGGUGUUGAAUUGAGAGACUUGUUUCAGUAUCUAUAUUAAAAUUCAAGGAAACUGGAAAAUCAGGUGCAGUGCAUAGAUCUGAUUUUAACCGGCAAGCUGUUACCAACAUUCCACCAGCCACCUCCACCCUCACUCUUCAUAUUACACACCUCCUAUAUAUUUUUGACAGUCUCAUAAGCACACAAGUUAGGUGUGCUUUCUUUGCUUUUUUUUUUUUCUCAGUUUUUUCUCAUUUCAUGUGGUCUCAACCUUCCUUAUUUCUUGCAUCAUUUUCUGGUAUAAAAAUCCCAAAUUCUAAACAGAAAGGCAGCAACUUUCAAAUCCAUCUUUCUUUCUCUCUUUCGUUCACUGAACUUGUUAUGUCUUAAAAGGAGUCAUUUUUAUUGUGUUUCUGGGUAACCUUAUGAAGAGGGAUCUGCGUUCACAUUUGAGUUUAAGGUACUGUAAUCUCAAUUUGGGUAUCCUUAAAUUUUCUUUGUUGAAAUAGAGCCAAAGGGUACCCAAAUAAUCUAUCUUUUUUUCUGGAAUUUUUGCCUGUUGAUCGGUUUUCAGGUUCCUUACUAUAUAUAGAAAGAUGGUGGCUGGAAAUGGGCUGUUAUACCCAAUUCUUGGAUUUGCAUCAUGUGUGGCUUUUAUUUACAUGUCUUUUGGUGACUUGAAGCUUAGUAGUUUCCCUAAGGAACCAAAGUUAAGUUUUGUGGAAAGGAAUGGGACUCAGUUCCUUCUGGAUGGUAAACCAUUGUAUGUGAAUGGAUGGAAUUCUUACUGGUUAAUGGCCCAUUCUGUGGAUGAAAACCGUAGACCUAUGGUCAGUGCAAUGCUGCAAGCUGGUGCAAAGAUGGGUCUUACGGUUUGUAGAACUUGGGCAUUUAAUGAUGGAGGUUAUGAUGCUCUCCAGAUUUCUCCUCGGCAAUUUGAUGAGCGAGUUUUCAAGGCCUUGGAUUAUGUCAUUGCAGAAGCAAGACAACAUGGAAUUAGGUUGCUUCUUAGCUUAGUAAAUAACUUGCAAGCAUAUGGUGGAAAGACACAGUAUGUCAAGUGGGCAUGGCAAGAAGGCGUUGGUUUAAGCUCUUCUAAUGAUUCCUUCUUCUUUGAUCCAUCAAUCCGCAAAUUUUUCAAGAAUUAUGUCAUGACUGUCCUCACAAGGAAGAACACCAUCACCGGAAUUGAAUAUCGGAAUGAUCCAACCAUCUUUGCUUGGGAAUUGAUGAAUGAACCCCGUUGCAUGUCUGAUCCUUCUGGUGAUACUCUUCAAGAUUGGUUAGAAGAGAUGUCAGCUUUCAUAAAAUCAAUUGACAAAAAUCAUCUAUUGACCAUUGGCUUGGAAGGAUUCUACGGUCCUAAAAGCCCCAAGAAGUCUACUGUGAAUCCAGAAGAGUGGGCGUCCACCCUUGGUUCUGAUUUUGUCCACAACUCCAACAUUACAAAUGUUGAUUUUACCUCUGUUCAUAUAUACCCUGACCAUUGGUUUCAUGACCUAGGAUUUGAGGAAAAACGAAAUUAUGUUUCCAAGUGGGUGCAUUCACACAUUGAAGAUUGUGACAAAGUACUGAAGAAGCCUGUUAUGUUCACUGAAUACGGCUUGUCAAACCAGAACAAAGACUUCCAGCCAUCCCAAAGAGAGCAGUUUUAUAGAACUAUUUUAGAUAUCAUCUACAAGUCUGCAAAGAAGAAAGGAUCUGGGGCAGGUGCUUUAGUCUGGCAAUUCUUUGUUGAAGGGAUGGAAGAGUAUAAUGAUGAUUUUGGGCUUGUGCCAUGGGAAAGCCCUUCAAUUUACAAACUGACAAUAGAACAGUCAUGCAGAUUGGCUAGAAUCCAAGAACAUAGUCAAGAAAAGGAAAACUUGAAAGAACUGUGUUCCAAGAGAGAUUAAAGCUAGUGCAAUCAGAAGAUUGAAUUCUUUGUGAGGUGAUUUGUGCUAGAUAUAAAAGUUCACCGGUAUUGUGCUAUUUUUUGUUUUUUCAUCUCCAUAAAAAAUAACGUGCAAGAUAUAAUAUAGCACUAGAAUACAAGUUUGCUGCACAAAUUUCUGUAGCUGUCAUGCGCUAUCUAUAAUGAUUUAGAGAAUCUCAGUGGACGUUUGAAUGAAAUCCCAGAUAAUUGUGGUUACAGCACUGAUAACAUUUCCCAACCCAUUGUAUAAUUUGGAAGAAUUUCAGGGGUUGAAUGAAUCCGGUAAAUCUUUUUG